CUCUCUGCACUGCAGUCAGCGCUACUCGCUCAGUUGGCGUAGGAAGGUCACGUUACAAAGCGGGUCGGCACUCGCUGCUGCUGGAGAGAGGAGGACUGCGCAAAAACCACGGCCCGGAUUUGUGCCUGGCUGACGUCAUGUGGAGCCACAGACCUCUUUGACAGGAUCCAGCAACGAAAAGCGCCGGGGAUAUAUGAGCGACGUCCAGCCGGGAGAUGUCGACGAGCACGUCGCUGUUUUGCGCCACAUACUCGCCCGAGAAGUGAAGCCAGACGCGGAGAUUUCGCUCAGCUCGAUUGUGCGAUUGCGGCGCACCAUGAGAGCGCCUACCCGUCAUUAAAGGGACUACAACGGCUGCUUUCUGCCUCAAAACGAGCUGUUGACCGUGGAGGGAUAAGCAGCCAGAGAACAACUGCUAAUCCCCUGGACGGUCACAUUCACGGCGGGGCUCGGACCCGACAGAAAUGGACAGGGCAGCACGAACUGGAUUAGAUGAUCGGGAGUGAAGGAGACGCCGCGAACAAAGCGAACCUCAACUGUUAUGCUCGUUAAGCCGCGCGCUCUUUAUUUGGCUGGAAAUGGGAGCUUUGACGAGCAGACAAAACAUAGGCGUGGAAGAAGUGGACAUUCCGUCCAAUUCGGUGUACCGUUAUCCACCGAAAUCUGGGAGUUACUUCGCCAGCCAUUUCAUCAUGGGGGGAGAGAAGUUUGACUCCACCCAUCCGGAGGGUUACCUGUUUGGGGAAAACACAGACCUUAACUUCCUGGGGACCAGACCUGUGGCGUUCCCAUAUGCAGCCCCUCCACCUCAGGAACCAGUAAAGACGUUACGAAGCCUUAUAAACAUCCGUAAGGACACGCUGCGGCUCGUACGGUGCAGCGAGGACCUGAAGCUGCCGGGUGACGAGGCGGCGGGGAAGAACCGGGCCUGCUACAACAUAGAGUUCACCUUCGACGCCGACACACAGGUGGCCAUAACCAUCUACUACCAGGCCAUGGAGGAGUUUCACAACGGAGUGCCAGUUUACCUGCCCCAGGACAGCUCUCUGCAGUCUGAGACGGUGCACUUCAAGAGGGGAGUGUGCCAGCAGUUCUGCCUGCCGUCGCACACCGUCAACCUCAGCGAGUGGGCUGACGAGGAGCUGCUGUUUGAUAUGGACAAAGAGGUUUUCCCCAUGGUGGUGCAGGCUGUUGUAGACGAGGGGGAAGAACAUUUGGGCCACUCUCACAUACUGCUGGCGACGUUUGAAAAGCACAUGGACGGGAGCUACUGUGUGAAGCCUCUGAAGCAGAAACAAGUGGUGGAUGGAGUGAGUUAUCUGCUGCAGGAGAUCUAUGGGAUAGAGAACAAAUACAACAGCCAAGAAUCAAAGGUUGCUGACGACGAGAUCAGCGACAACAGUGCCGAGUGUGUGGUGUGUUUGUCGGAUGUGAGAGACACACUCAUCCUACCCUGCAGACACCUGUGUCUGUGCAACGCCUGCGCAGACACGCUGCGCUACCAGGCCAACUGCUGCCCCAUCUGCAGACUGCCAUUCAGAGCUCUGCUGCAGAUCCGAGCCAUGAGGAAGAAACUCAGUCCUCUUUCGCCCACCAGCUUUAACCCCGUCAUCACUUCACAGACGUCUGACUCGGAGGAACACUCGGCGUCGGAGCACAUCCCUCCAGGCUACGAGGCGGUGUCUCUCCUGGAGGCGUUGAACGGCCCCCUCAACACCUCCUCGGUGGCCCCUCCUCCCCUCCACUCUGGUCCCAGCCACGUGUCCGGAGCGCUGCCCCCAUACAGCAGCGAGCCUCACCCGGCACCGGCCCGCUCGCUGUCCCCUCUGGACCACUCCAACUCCAGCCAGGGGCUCAAACUCAAGAAGAGUGGGUCGAAGUCCCUUUCCCAGAAUUCCUCUGUGCUUCCCGAGGAGGAAGAUGAGAAGUCCUGCAGUGAAUCUGAGGCCUGUCGCCACAAACUCGCUGUGGACCAGCAGGAGACCGGAGUGACUCCAGACAGCGAGAACCUGACUCUCUCCUCGUCUGGAGCCAUCGACCAGUCAUCCUGCACCGGGACCCCGCUCUCCUCCACCAUCACCUCCCCUGAAGACCCAGUGAGCAGCAGCCUGGUCCAGUCAGUGAUGUCCAUGGCCUCGUCGCACUCGCAGCACUCCCACAUCAGCACUGACACCAUGUCCUCCAUGUCAGGGUCCUACCUGGCCGGGGCCGAGGGCGAGCACGGGGGGGAUGAUGGGGGAGACGGCGACGGCGAGGAGAACCGGGACGCCGCCAUGGAGAGCCGAGGACCGUCGCAGCAGGAUGGGGAGUUUUCCCAGGAGCCAAAGGAACAAAACUACUCAGUGGCCGUAGAGGAGCAGGACUCAGAGGGAAAUGAUGUCACUGAGGAGGACUGCUCCUCCCCGUCGAAUGGGAAAGGUGGGCGGAGCAGGUGUCCAGAGUUGGCCAAUAACAAUCAGGGCGUCGCCCUCUGUGACACGCCCUCUUUGGGGUUGGAUAAUGAGCAGGCUCCCGACAGCCGAUUCGCCGGUCUCAUGUACCUCGGGGGCUACAGGCCUGUUUUGGAGCCCCUCCCCCACCACACCUCCACCAGCAAUAUCAACCUGGAGGAGCAGGGGGCUGAAAACAGGGACGGCCAGAGUCCUAAACAUCCCCGCCGCGGACCACUCAUUGUGUAACACACUCAAACAAACGCACCCACACACACACACACACACACACACACACACACAGACGUCUCCGUCCAGAGUCUGCUCUUCUUACCCUGCCAUAGUGCUGCAUCACUGGAUACUGUCCUCAGUGAACAGGGAAACCCCUCCUCCUCCUCCUCCUCCUCCGUCUGUCUGAACAUUUCCUGGAUUAAUUGUCUUCGCUGGCACUGAAACUCCUCUGGAGCUGAAAGAGGAGGGAAGAGGAACAGAACGGCGCCACCUGU